AUGAUAGAUGAAAUGCAUGAUUGUACACCAGCCUUGCAACAGUGCAAUUCUGGUCUCCAUUUCAUCGGAGGCAGUCUACACGCAGCCUAUGAUACCUUGUAUCUCACUUCAUUCACAAAAUCCAUUAGCCGUUCCAUCAUUAGAUAUUCAGUUCCUGCUGGUGCAUGUACCCAAACGCAUCACUCAUCGAUGAAUACAACUGCUCAUUGGAUGCCAAUCCACGGGUGUCGCUUGGCGAAUAUCACCUCCACUGUGAAUUUGCACGGCAUUUUGCGCGAUAUGCAAGCUUUCGAUACCGCCUCCGAGCUAGCGUACCGCAUGACUCUCGGCGCAGCCUCGUGUUUGAGUGUCAGAACAGCAGUGGCGGACACGCAUCUUCGUGCGUUCCAUUGCGCCCACACCGACUUCGCACCCGGUGCUUCGACCAGGACGGCCGACCGGUUUAUAGCAGUCGUCAGAUGUGUGGCACCACAGCGUCUUUCUUCCCCCCAUACUUGGUACUCCGAAGGCUGGUACCGGCUUCAGAAGUCCGUGCACUGGCCCCACGGACGCCUGAAAUAG